AGAAACUACAAUGACUCUGGUGACAACUUCAUCCAUGUUCCAGUCACUGUUGCUGCUGUUGAGCCUGGUGGCUAUCAUAAAGGCAGGAAUAGCAUUCCCACAAAAUCCAGGAUGCCGAAAUACUGAGGACAAGAACUUUCCUCAGCAUGUGAAGGUCAAUCUAAAUAUCCUUAACCGGAAUACGAACUCCAGAAGGCCCUCAGAUUACUACAACCGAUCUACCUCACCUUGGAAUCUGCACCGCAAUGAGGACCCUGAGAGAUACCCCUCUGUGAUCUGGGAGGCGAAGUGCCGCCACUUGGGCUGUGUCAAUAAUGAAGGGAACAUAAACUACCACAUGAACUCCGUCCCCAUCCAGCAAGAGAUCCUGGUUCUGCGAAGGGAGUCGCAGCACUGCCCCCACUCCUUCCGGCUAGAGAAGAUGCUGGUGGCUGUGGGCUGCACCUGUGUCACCCCUAUUGUUCGCCAUGUGGCUUAAGAGCUUCUGAUCUAAUCCCAGCUCCCCAGAGCAGACUUUCUGGGAAAGUAGACCCAGCCCCAUUUCUGACUAAACUCAUUAGGGUUCUUAAACUAGUUCAUCCAAUUGAAGUUUCAGAGGUAACACUUUUGUGCAGAGAUAAAAUCUGAAUGAGCCUUCCCUCUCCCCAAAGAUGAAAGUUUUCACUGAGUACCACUUUGCUUUUUAUUGUGCUUUUCUAAGGGCUUUAAGUUAUUUAUGUAUUUAAUAGACCCUGAGAUAACUUGGGGGCCAAAGUUUCCAUUUUAAUGAAUUACAUGCCUUAUUUUGUACUUUUUUAAGACCAGAUUCCAGACUUGAUAAUUUUAUUAUUUAACAGGUAAAAUCUCUAUUUAUAUGAACUAUUUAUGGAUCUAUUUAUAUUUCUUAGGUCUUUAUAGAAAGGUGAAAGAGUGUGAUUAUCUGUUCUGCCUAGGGAAAUCCUACAGAGAAUUCAAUGGCGGUUGAAAAUUUCUGAGUUUGUAUUACACAUGGAUAAAGGAUUCUUUUUCCUCUUUGUGCUUUACAAGUGGAUGACAUGGCUAUUAAAAAAUGACUAAAGACUAAACCUAGUUUCAUAUUUAUUAAUUUUGUAAAUUGUUGAGGUUUCACAAGAGAGAUGGCAAGUCUAACUGCUCUGUUAAACCCUCAUAAUAAAAAAAUUUUGUAAUAAAGUUUGGAAAGAAAA